AUGCUACUUAGGAGAACAGCAUACCCUUGUCACUACAGUGACCUCAUACCGAGAUUUGGUAGACCCGUUCCCGAACUUAGUAUGAUCACUAACUGUGUCGUUGACUACCUUUAUGAUAACCAUGGUCAUCGAUUAACACAGUGGAACCAUCAGAUCAUGAGUUCUCCUCUCCUUCAAACGUAUGCUGAUGCUGUGUCUGCACAAGGAGCUCCCUUAAACAACUGUUUUGGGUUCAUUGAUGGGACUGUCAGGCCAAUAUGCCGACCUGUUGAGCUUCAGGAAGUGGUCUACAAUGGGCACAAACGAGUGCACGCGUUAAAAUUUCAGUCACUUACAGUACCCUCUGGACUAAUAGCCAAUCUGUUUGGACCAGUAGGUACGUUUUUUGAAAGGAAACUUAAAUUUGGUUACUGUUUUCAACAAUUCAAUUUUACAUGCGCAAAAUUUUACAGUCGAUUAAAAAAAAAGGAAAAAAGAAAAAGUAUAAAUGAAGGUAAUGAAGCCAAGGAAAUUUUAUAAAUCAAUGUAAUCUAAAUUCACUAAAUUAAUUUGGUUUUAUUCAGAUAGCAUGUUGGAACCUCCUGAAAGUAAUGAUCAUAACAAUUUUGCUGAUCACAUUUUUAGAGGGCAGGAAGCAUGAUGCUGGCAUGCUGAGGGCACUAUGAACUCAAAACCCAUGAAAAUCUUGUGAAAUAAUUCAUUGUAAAUUCACAGAUUUUUCACAGGAUUUUCAUGGUUAAAUCAAUGACAUUUUCAUGGUCUCAGUGCCAUGAAAAAGACCUGAAAAAUCCCAUGAAAAACCUGUGAAAAUUUCCAUAUUCACGACCCAUGAAAUAUUGAGUAAAGUGACCUAGAAGCCAUGAAAUACCCAUGAAAAUCGCAUUUCAUGGCCUUUUCAAAGGUACUGAGAAACCCAUGAAUUUCAAGCCCAAAAUUUCAUGGUGUCAAAGUUCACUAGUUUUUAAUGGGUUGCAGCAAAUCAUGACCCAUGAAUAUCCUGUGAAUAUGUUAAAAAUUCAUUGACCAUGAAAAUUUUCCUUGAAUUUUCAUGGCCUCUACAUGGUUUUUUCAUGGCACAUGAAAGUUAAUUGCCAGUUAGUUUUCAUGGGGUUGUUAGGAAUAUGCAAGCACCAUGAAAAUUCUUUGAAAACCCUAUGAAUUUGGAAUUAAAAAUUCUUCACUUUUCUUGUACCAAAGACUGUACUACAGUGUAUAGCUUGCAUUAUACCAUAACUGUAAUACAUACACUAUCACUUAAAUUAUACACUGAAGAACUAACCUAUCUGUGAAACUUCUUGGUCCUGUUGUACAAGCACACACACAUGAAAGACAUGACCAGAAGUUUGGAUUCUCUGAUAGUUUAUUUUGUUUCACCAGCUGUACAUAAAUAUUACUUUAGGAUUCCAAAAUUGUGAUAAUUCAGUUUACACUUUCUUAAAUAAAAAAAGUUGGUAUGAAAUUUUCUGCAUAAAAUUAAGAUGUUAAUGAUUUUUAGCUCUAUUUUGAUAUCACUGAUUUUCCUUGUGGAGACAGAUUCUGCUCCUAUAUUUCUGAAGGUAUAUAAUAAAUUUGAUGUGAAAAAUAUUUGGACGAAAUUAUUGAAAAUAUACUCACUGGCUUGAUGUAUUUUUGUCUAAACUUCAAAUAUCAUUUCCUUCGUCUAAUAUCAUGUGUAAAAUGUUAUGGACAGUUAUUAUAAUGUCUAUUUAUGUAACAGCAUUCAUGUAAAUUUCUUGAUAUGUUUUACACUUGUGAUCAAUACUUUCAAGGAAACUAACAACAAAACAAUUACCAACUUUCUGCACUCUUGCAUGUGUGAAGAUAUAUCUAUGGCUGACUAUGUCAGUGUCUCUCUGUUUUGGCCACCUGAAUGUUCCAUCCUUCUUUCGGUUAUCAUUACUAUUUGCAUCUUCAUCAUCGUUUGGACCAAGAUAGGCUGCUUUAGCAAGUGUGCAUUUCCUUUCAUCAGUUUUGUAGACCAACACUCUUCAUUGUUUGCAAAAUAAAGGGAGCACAUCAUCAGUUAUCUAAGAGCCUUUCUUAUGUACGUAGUAAACCUAGAAAUGGAUAACUCGCCAAAACAGGUUCUCUUCAACAUGAAGCCGUCAGAUACUAAGUGACGCACUAUGGAAGUGAGGUGAGGUAUUUCGUAUUCAGAAUUUGACUGUAUUUUUUAUUCCUAAGAACGGUCGUAGGUAUUUCCAUACAAACUCUUGUGAUUUUUCGCCAGAUGAUCACAGAAUAAAAAGUUUCAAGUUAAAUCAAUAGUUAGCGCGCGCGCUCCGAUGUUUACGCGUAAUACGAUGACCAAGCUUGAACUUACCCCUUCACGUUGUAAUACAUGUCGAUAACUUCAUCUUGAGGAAACCUCUUUGAAAAAACUUUUCAGACGGUCCAUUGCGUUGAUCUGGAAAAAAAGAGACUGCUACACAAACGCUACGAGAAAUGCAAUUGGAAUGGAACCAUUCCGUUCGAGGUACGAAAAAAACCGCCACUUCUUCGUAAAUCACGUGUACUUUCACGUGGUGACCUUAGGUCAUCGCAGCCAUCAUAGGUCAGCGGUCACAUAGUGACCUCACAGGUUAUCGUGUUCGACGUUACGAAAUGACUCCGAAGAGGUCUCGUUGCUGCUUCUGUAAUCUUACAAAAUAAAGCAGCACAAAAAGCUGUUCGGUAUUUGGAAUUCGAAGUAAGUAACAAUCGACAGGACAUCAGAGUCCAAGAAAGUCAGAGCUGACAUCGACAGUGAUUCCUGUGAAAGCGAUCACGAAAUCAACAACGAUGUUGUAGAAGGCGAUCUCAAUAAAUACAUGAAGGUAACGUUUCAUCCCGACUGAGAAGAUGGCCUGACUCUGUUAACCGGCGACUCUAUGAACGAGGUAAAAAUAGCAUUUUUUUCAGGUUACAUUUGCACACUAUUCAAAGUUCCAAAUUGAGGUGACAAAGUGAUUGAUUUUUCAUUGUUUUGUUCCACAUUUCGUGUAGAUGCAAUGCGUACUAUUGCUGUGCAACUUAAGCAUCUGUACUAUGCAGGUGCCUUACUGGAAAAGCCCUAGAAGAUUCCUCAGCCGUAAGAAUGUAAGAGAAGGCCUUGAACAGGUUUCCAGAGUCAUGGCUAACAAUCAAAGCCAGCAGUGAGGCAGAAAAAAUUCAACAAAGUCGUCCAGGCAUGGCGAAGGCAAAAAGGCCCCAAAAAAUCAAAGUGAGGAUCAAACAUCUGGGUCAUUGCCUCCAGCCCUAUUUGUCUCAACAAAGGAGCAAAUUGAAGAUCCAUUGUUUUUAGUCAUUGUUUUGUGAUUUCCUGUACAUUUUACGUUAACAAAGGCCACUUAAGAUGUUUAGGGACAUUUUCAUUCGACGGUUUUCGCGCUGUACACCAGAAUUCCAUCAGUGCAUAAAUUUAUAACAAGUUAGUUCCACGGAUCAUGAAAGUCAGCUCGUUGAUAAAUCAGUGACUGUGAUGAACUCAUUAUUACCACUUUUAAUGGCCUAUGAAUUCAUCAAUGAAAUUCAUGGGCAACAGAUUUCAGGGAAUAUUCAUGGCCCGUUAAUUUUGUUCUCCCAAAACAAAUAAAUUGUUAGCCCAUGAAAUGCUGUUUGAUUGCAAUUCAUGGGCAUGAAAUUCAUUCUGAUGACUUUCUGGGGAAACUAAUGGGUCAUGAAAGUAGACUUUGAAGAAAUUCAUGGGUCAUGAAAGUAGGCAUAUAAAGAAAUUCAUGGGUCAUGAAAUUAAUUCUGAUGACUUUCAUGGCAAAUCAAUGGGUCAUAAAAAUAGACUUUGAAGAAAUUCAUGGGUCAUGAAAAAAAUUCCCCUAAUUCAUGGAAAAUUCAGGGCUAAAAAUAACCCCAUGAAAUUUCAUUUUGCAGUAUUCAUGGGCCAUGAAAUGAUCUUCAUGGGUUUUUCACAUGAAAUUCAUGGAAUUUUCAUAAAACUACAGUUCAUAGUGGGGAUUCCCACAUGCUUGAUGACUUGGAACUGCAUGCCUACUCCCCUACUGGCCAAGUCAUGUGUGUAUAUGGUGACCAUGCCUACCCACUUAGGGCACACUUACAGGCUCCAUUCAGAGCAGGAGCAAGAGCAUUAACACCAGCUAUGGAGUUAUACAAUAAAAAUAUGAGUAAAGUAAAAACUUCAGUAGAAUGGAUUUUUGGAGAUGUGAUAAAUUCCUUUAAAUCCCUUGAC